UCCCAAUUAUAUAUAAUCAAAUUCAAUAGGAUGCAAAUAACCAUCACCAUUAUUAACAGCAUCAUGAUGAACCCUAAAGUCAUUAUGGUUCCAUACCCAGCUCAUGGCCAUGUGACACCCAUGCUUAACCUAGCCUUCGCCUUGACCUGCCACGGCCUUUCUCCAGUGGUUGUGAUGCCGGACUUCAUCCACCGGACAAUGGCUCACAAAACCCACAUCACCUGCAUCUCCAUCCCGGACGGUUUGGAUGAGGAAACACCACGUGAUUUCUUCUCCAUUGAGUUUGCCAUGGAGAACAACAUGGCGGUGCAUUUGGAGCGCCUGGUUCGUGAAGUUGACGGGGGAGUUGCGUUCAUGAUUGUGGACUUAUUGGCUUCGUGGGCAUUGAAAGUUGGCGAUGACUGUGGUGUUCCGGUGGUCGGAUAUUGGCCGGUUAUGUUUGCUGCUUAUCAGCUCAUUGCUGCCAUCCCGGAAAUGCUAUCUCUCGGUAUCAUCUCGGAAACUGGGAUCCCACAAAAUCAAGGUCCCAUAUACUUGGAAUAUGAACAACCUCCUUCAAGCACUCAAGAUUUGCCAUGGCUCAUCGGAAAUCUAGCUUCAAAGAAAUCUAGAUUUAGGUUUUGGACAAGGAUGUUGGCCAGAACAAGAAGUCUUUCGCAAAUCCUAGUAAACAGUUUCCCCAAAGAAUACCUUGUUGAUCUGAAUUCACAAAAUCAGUCUCAUAAAUACUCAAAUAUAACUCCAAUUGGACCACUGACACGACAUACCAUAUACAGAAACCAUGAUUUUUCAAAAGAAGAUAUGCAUUGUUUGGAUUGGCUAGACCAACAAAGAGAACGAUCUGUUGUCUACAUCUGCUUUGGCACUUGGGUUAGCCCGAUUGGCAAAACAAAGGUGAGAAACCUAGCUAUGGCUUUGGAAUCGUCCAUACACCCAUUCAUUUGGGUCUUAAAUCCAAAAUGGCGUGAAGGGCUCCCAAAAGGGUAUAUAGAGAGAGUGUCGAAUCGAGGAAGAGUGGUUUCAUGGGCACCACAAAAUGAAGUGCUACAACAUAAAGCGGUCGGAUGCUAUUUAACACAUUGUGGGUGGAACUCCACUAUCGAGGCCAUACAAAACAAAGUCAAAUUGUUGUGUUAUCCAAUUGCUGGUGACCAGUUCGUGAAUUGUGAUUACAUCGUAAAAAUUUGGCAAAUAGGGAUCAAGAUGGAUGCUUUUGCUGAAGAAGAUGUUCAUAGAAGUUUAGUGAAGGUGAUGGAGGAUAUAGAGAUGGAGAAACGACUAGUUAAGAUGAAUAAAAGAAUCUUUGGGAUGGAAACGAGCUUAAUGGUAACUAGUAACUUGACAAAUUUUGUUAACCACCACAAGAAAGUUAACUAUGAUCAAACACUUCGUAAAGAAAGUUAA